AUGGAGUCUCUCGCCGAUACGACGUGGGAUGUCAUCAUUGCAGGUACUGGGCUGUCCCAGUCUCUGCUGGCAUUGGCACUUUCAAGAUCCGGCAAAAAGGUUCUUCACUUGGACCAAAAUCCACACUAUGGAGGACCAGAUGCGGCCUUCAGUCUGGAGGAAGCUCAUGAAUGGAUCCUGGCCGGUCCCCGUUUGAAGAUGCCAAGAUAUUCACAUACCAACAUCCCCCAGAGUCACCGCGCUCGCCCCCCCUCGCAGAAUGACUCCGAGGGGAGCGAGCGCAUGGCAGGCACCCCGGAUAUCCGUCCCAAACUGGCUGCCAGUCGAGCCUAUACACUUUCUUUAUCCCCUUACUUCCUCUACACCCGCUCGGCACUAAUCUCUAUCCUAAUCUCUUCCAAGGUCUAUCGCCAGCUCGAGUUCGUCGCGCUUGGGAGCUGGUGGAUCCACACUGGCGUACCGACCGCUGAGUCGGAUGACCUCGCUGCUACUAACAUCUUCCAUCGCGUGCCUGGCAACCGGGAAGAUGUCUUCGCUGAUAACCAUAUCAGUAUGAAGUCCAAGAGGACGUUGAUGCGGUUCUUGCGACACAUAAGCAAAUCCGAAGACGACAAUGGAAGCGACACAGCUGAGGAAUUGUCAGCACCAUUUGGCAAAUAUUUGUCUACUAAGUUCAGUGUUCCAGAUGACCUGCUCCACGCUCUUCACUCGCUCUCGCUGUCUCAAGGCUCUGCACAAGAUACCCUCGCGGAAUACGCUGUUCCCAGAGUCCAGCGACAUCUGUCAUCUAUCGGAUCCAUGGGACCUGGAUUUGGUGGCGUGGUUUCGAAAUACGGCGGUGCUUCCGAGAUUCUUCAGGUUGCCUGUCGCGCUUGCGCUGUAGGCGGAGGUGCAGUCGCUCUCGCUAUCGGGGUUCAGUCCCUGAAAGAGAUUGAAGCGACGGCGGAAAAAGAAGAAUAUCCGGUCGAGUUGGAGCUCACCAGCGGAGAGUCAGUCCGAAGCAAGUUCGUGAUUGGCUCCCUUUGGGAUCUCCCUAGCCAAAGUCAACCUCUUCCCAGUGCUCGAGUGGCCCGUUCGAUUACUGUUGUCUCUUCGAGCUUCACUUCACUGUUCCCCAUCACCACUGAAGGUGCUCCUCUCCCCGCCAGUACCGUUCUUAUGUUCCCUGGCGACACUCUCAGCCAUCCACAGUCGCCCCCGGUGUACCUCCAGAUCCACUCGAGUGACACUGGCGACUGUCCCCGACAGCAGAGUGUUAUCUACGGCAGUGUCGCCCUUUCUGGGCCAGAAGGCCACACUCUGCUUGAAUGUGCUGUCGACCGGCUUCUCCACGCCGAAGGUCCUCAGGCCAUGGUACUCUGGUCCAUGAGAUAUACCCAGUCGGGUCGACUCAGUAAUGACGGGUCCUCGGCUACCAUUCACAAGCACUCGCCCCAUGUCUAUAGCUUCCCACCUUCCAGUCUUGAUCUGACAUGGGAAGAUGAGGUCAUUGACAUGGUCAAGCAGGCUUGGACUAAGAUCGUAGGAGAUGAAGUGGACCAUGAUGACUUUAUGAUCUUUGACGAUCGCGAAGGUACAUCUGACGAUUAA